AUGUCUACCUACAACGAGAACAAAAUAAUACCUGACCAAGACGCGGUCAAAUCCCUACACGAGCUGACAGCAUCGGUCCAGGAUCUCUGUAGUAUUAUCAGCUCAGAACAUAGCAGCUCUCGUCCCGAUAAAUCUCGGGAAGAAUUGAAGGCUAAAGAUGCGAUCUCAAGCACACUCGACGAGCAAAUCAAAAAUGGUCGGCCGGAAAAGAUCCCGGACUGGAAAAAAGUUGAGCUGAUGCCUGUCGACGAAAUUGAGGUGAAGAACAAGCAAUAUACGCAGAAGUACGAAGACUUUUGGAAAGAUGUUGAUGAAUCCACUAAGUUGGAAAAGGAGGCUACCGUUCAAGCCUACGCGUCGGCUUUUAGCAGAUUUCAAGAAAUAUAUCGUCUCAUCGGAUGGCGUGACAUAGACGACGACGAAGCGAUUUUUGACAAUCUUGUUCUUACAGAAUCCCGCGAUCUCCUCAUCGAGUCCAUCUUUGGCGUCGAGUUAUAUCAAAUGUCCAAACGUGGCCAAUUUUGCGAACCAUCGCGCAUGCUCUUUGAGUAUUCUCGCCUUCCACGACUACUCAUCAUCCUCGCCCGGAUUGCAUGCAGGCAGAUGGGAGCAGACAAAGAAUUAAAAAAAGGACCAUUUGAUGCUCUUACAAUUGUGCGUGUUUUGACUUUUACAGCACGUAUACUGAAGGGUGGUCAAGUCGCCUCGUCAUUAUCAAUGGAAACGCUUCUUCAUAUGUGCCACGCACGUCGAAUCCUAGAUCAGCCAAGCGCUAAUGAUGUGGACUCUUACAGUAAACAGUUUGAUCUAUUGUAUGAUUGUUUGACGGCUCUAGAUUUUACGAGGAAGUUUCGAGAAAUCAGGGAACCUCUAUGCGAACUGUUCUACAUACGGUACAAAUCCGAGUCAAUCCGCGAGUUAUUUCAGCGUGUGAGGACUCUUGAAGAGGCUACUAUCGGAAUCGAAAGGUAUCCAGAGCUACCAUUAGAAGAGAAUACUGACUCGACGUUUCAUCCCGAGAUAUUCACCAUUUCCUAUCUACAGCGAUUUGGACGACUAAACAUCGAAUGGACUGAUUGUUUGGACGAGCAUCUGAAGAUUUUUGCAAAUCGGAACUGUAUCAGAGUCUUUGCUCAUCCCACAUUCUUCUACAAUGAUAUUGAUUUACAUAAGUAA